GUCCUUUCAAAUGGUUACAACUAGUGAUCAAAAGUGUAACCGAAUAGGUUUCCAAAAUGCUUAAGUCGUUCAGUAUCGAUUUCCCUUUCUUCAUGAUUUUACUUUUACAAAGUGUCCUGUGCGACGAAAGUUGUAGAGUACCUUUAGGCAUUAAGACGCCCGCUUUGCCUCCUGAUGACCGCUAUAUAAUCGAUAUUAAUCCCCCUGUCGAUAAUUACGUACCAGAAGGAACUUACACCGUUAUCCUUAAAUCUAAAGACGGGAAAGCAAAGUUCAUAGGUUUCACUAUUUGGUUGACGGGGCACAGCGCGGAAAAUCCUGACAACAAAAGGAAACCGAAGAUUUUUUUGGCUGGUCAGUUAUUACCGGAUGAUCCACUAACGAAAUUUGGAGACCGAGAAUGUCCCAAUAACACAGUAAUUCAGACUAAUUUGGUACCUAAGAAUAUCGUGCAGGCCAAAUGGAAAGCUCCACCCAAAGGCCAAGACUGCGUGACCAUCCACGCAAUGGUGGCGAUCAGAAACGACAUGUACUACAGCGGCCUGACACGACGCGUGUGCGAGGACGUGCGCAAACUUGAAGACAUGCCGCCGGACGAAAGCCCUAAUUGCUCUGUGUGUGAAGAGGCCAGGUAUAAGGUGACAUUCGAAGGCCUAUGGUCUUAUAAUACACACCGUCCCUUGUACCCCAUGUCUAACACGAGUAUGCCCUCAUUCAGUGAUAUAGUGGGAGCAUCACAUAACAAAAACUUUAAAAUCUUUAUCAUCAACAAAGAGGCUUCCGAGGGAGUUAAAACACUCGCUGAACAGGGGAAUACUACAGUACUGGAGUUGGAUAUGCAGGAAAAGAUUGGCAAAAGUGUUCGAAGCAUAAUCAAGGCAACGAGGCCCCGCACUACAAAUGCGGCCACCUCCGCGAUAUUCCGUGUGAACCAGAAAUACCACCUAGUGUCGGUGGUGACAGCUAUCCUGCCAUCGCCAGACUGGUUCUUAGGGGCAUCCAACCUAGAACUCUGUGACGCGAGAAAUCCAAAUACAUGGGCACCAAACAUAAAUUAUAAUCUCUACCCAUUGGAUGCGGGAACCGACAAGGGAUCGGACUUUAAUUCAGCGAACGACAACCUCAUGCCUCCUCAGGCGAUAGGCAAUGUAAAAUUCCAAAACGCUCCCAAAGAAAUCAAGCCAUUCGCUAAGCUCCACUUCGAGUUGAUAAGAACAUUCAAACUUACUCCGGACUGCUUGAAAAAUAAGACUGAGACCUCCGGUGAGGAUGAAGGCGAAGGCAAUAACGACAACACUCAAGAAGAAGAAGAAAAAGAAGAUAAGGAAGAAGGUAAGAUGCAUAAUGAAUCGAGUGUAAAAACAACUGUCUCCAGUACCAGUGAAACAUCGUUAGUAACGGAUCCAGAAUCAUCGCCGGAGUGUCCCAUGUCGGCUUGGAGCGAAUGGGACGAAUGCGUUGCCAGCUGCGAGGGCGGCAAGCGCAGAGGGCAGCACAAGCGAGAGCGGUACCACUUGGUCAACAACCAUCCCGUCGAGUAUGGGGACGAUGAGGAAUACGAGAAGGUACCAGAAAGCUGUAGAGGAAUAGAAGAAUACGACUUUGAACUGUGCGAAGAAGACUGUGAAGAAACUUCGACAGCGGAGCCCGAAACGCAGCAACGACUCGCUCCAGGAAAAAGUUGGUGGUUCAACUAAUUGACCUUAAUUUGAGCCAAAUUAAAACAAUUUCAUGUCCAGCGACAGAGAUUAAUUAAACAAGUGUGUGUCACA